CUCUACUUGCGCUUGUGUUAUAUAUAUGUACAUUUCUUUGAUAUGAGAGAUUGAGUGGAGUGUAGUAUAGUAUUUCAAUAUUGUUCAUCAUUUAAUUCGUUUGGGUUUUAUAAAUUAAAGUAGCUUAAUCAAAAUGAAAAAAUUAGUAUUUUUCUUAUUAUUGGUACUUCCAACUAUUCUAUGUACAUUUAGCUCACCAAAUAAAUAUUUAGUGCAUGCUGAAGAUGAAAUUGAUGAUGAUCAUGACGUUGAUGUUGAAGGAGAAAAUGAUGAUGGUGCGGUUGUAGGGGAUGAUGUUGAAACAGAGGAGGAGCCUGAAACGACUACAUCACCGUAUGCCGAUACGUUUUUGUUGUUCACUAGACCGCUUUACACCCCUGGUGCUCAAUUUGAUUUACCAGCUGGUAAUCCAGUCGAAUUUCUUGUUGGCUUUACAAAUAAAGGAGAAGAUGAUUUUGUAAUCGAAAGUGUUGAAGCAUCUUUCCGCUACCCACAGGACUUUAAUUACUAUAUUCAAAAUUUCUCAGCAAUACCAUAUAACCGCGAAGUAAAGUCAGGACAUGAGGCAACCGUCUCGUAUUCAUUUUUACCAUCAGAUUCAUUCGCUGGCAGACCAUUUGGAUUAAAUAUUGCUUUAAAUUAUAGAGAUGCGAAUGGUGCACAAUUUACAGAAGCAGUUUUUAAUGAAACUGUUAAUAUAACUGAAGUUGAUGAAGGGCUUGACGGGGAAAUAAUUUUCUUAUAUGUUUUCUUAGCUGGUAUUGUUGUUUUACUACUUGUUUUGGGACAACAAUUUUUGGUUGGUUCUGUAGGCAAAAGAAAACGUGCACAAGCUGUUAAAAAGACAAUUGAAACAGGAACGGUCAACAGCAAUAAUGUUGAUUAUGAUUGGUUGCCUGAAGAAACUUUACGUGCUCUUCAAAAAUCACCAAAAUCCAAAUCAUCAAAAACUUCACCAAAAACUUCACCGAAAACUUCUCCAAAAACAUCACCCAAACCAAAACAACAACAGCAAGGUCAAAGCCCUAAGCAAAGAAAAAUUAAACGUACAGCUGGUUCAGAUGAUUAGAUAAAAUUUAAAUACUAUUUUUUAAGACUGUGAAUAAAAGUUUAAUUUCUCGUUUAUUGUCUUCGUUGUGAGAAGAUAACACAAAA